UCAAUAGUUUCCUAAUGCUCGUCAAAGGAGAGUGGUUUGCCUGUUGUGCACGUAGAUGGCGAUUCUUCCAUUAGCUCAAGCACUCAGCAAAUAUUUUUCCAAAACUUCCUCUUUCUCUUCACUCCUAUCCCCUCUCACCCCAUCCUCCCACACACCCUUCCUGUGACAGGCUUAUCUCUGAGGCAGUGGCAGGGCAGGAAUGAGUUAAAGCAGCUCAUCUUUCUGGCCAAAGAGGCAAGCCUGGCAUGUGUCACGGCCCCAGCUGCCAUUUUCUUCCUGCUAAUUCUUUCCGGGUGGGUCCCAAGCCACCCCCAACAGCUCCCAGCUCCCUAGACUCUCUACCUAGAGCCCCAGGCAGAUAGUACCCAGGAUCAGGCUGGAAAGAGCCCCAGCCAUGGGCAUCGCCUCCCAAAUGCCCAGUGUGUGUGUCUGCAUAUGCAUGUGUGUUGGCAGUGGGGGAGGGGUGGUGGAGCAGAAACCCAGCAGCUGGGCAGCUCCCUUCCCCGUAAACAAGGACAUGUGACUCUCCCACCUUCUUGUGUGGCAGAGCCAAGAGCAGAGCAAAAGGAGCUGCUGCAGCUCGAAGAAAGAGAUCAUCCAGGGAGCCCCGACCCUGGCCAGACCUGCCUUCCCUCCCUGGAGAAUCUUCUCCCCAGGGCACAGCCCUGUUGGCGGGAAGGGAAACCUCCGCUCUGACUCACUCCAGUGUGUCUCACGCCCCUUCCUCUUCCAGCAAAGCUACCUGGCCUCCAACCCCAUCACCACCGCAGCCACCCCUGAGGCUGCUGUGAUUGCUGCUGCCUCUAAGAUGUGCCCUGGGAACUGGCUCUGGGCCUCCAUGACUUUUAUGGCCCGCUUCUCCCGGAGUAGCUCGAGGUCUCCUGUUCGCACCAGAGGGACCCUGGAGGAGAUGCCAGCCAUUCAACAUCCCUUCCUCAAUGUCUUUGAGUUGGAGAGGCUCCUCUACACGGGCAAGACAGCCUGCAACCAUGCCGAUGAGGUCUGGCCAGGCCUCUACCUCGGAGACCAGGACAUCGCUAACAACCGCCGGGAGCUCCGCCGCCUGGGCAUCACCCACGUCCUCAACGCCUCGCACAGCAGGUGGCGGGGCACGCCCGAGGCCUACGAGGGGCUGGGCAUCCGCUACCUGGGCGUGGAGGCGCACGACUCGCCCGCCUUCGACAUGAGCGUCCACUUCCAGACGGCGGCCGACUUCAUCCACCGGGCGCUGAGCCAGCCUGGAGGGAGGAUCCUGGUGCACUGCGCCGUGGGGGUGAGCCGCUCGGCCACGCUGGUGCUGGCCUACCUCAUGCUGUACCACCGCCUCUCCCUCGUCGAGGCCAUCAAGAAGGUCAAGGACCACAGAGGCAUCAUCCCCAACCGGGGCUUCCUGCGGCAGCUCCUGGCCCUGGACCGCAGGCUGCGGCAGGGUCUGGACGCCUGAGCGGAGGGCGCGGGAGGCCAGGCCAGGCCCGCGGGGGGUCCCCGGCUCCCAGCUGGGGAGAGGAGGUCCCGGUGGCAGGUGGCGGGAGGCCCAGAUGGCCCAUCCUCCCGUGGUGGCGGGAGAGGGAGGCCUGGGCCCGGGGCUGGGGGCAGUGGGCAGAGCGUGGUGGGCGGCAGACCAGAGGCCGAGGCGGCGGGGUGUGGGCAGAAGAUGGGGUUCGGGCACCGCUGCGCCCCAGCCAGGGGCUCCCAGGGACGCGCGGUCCCUUCCCCUCUUGGUGCCCGAGCGCUCCCGUCUCUUGUUUGCCGAAACGCAAGGGUCGCCUCUGUGCUGUGCCCGUGCCGGGCGUGCAGGGCAGGGUGGCGUGGAGACCGCCCCGGCGACAGACGCACACGGCGACAGACAGACACACGGCGCGCAGAGCUGCGGAGCCAGAGCGACGACCCGCAGAGCGAGCGGGGCCGGGAGGGCUGGCACCGCGCCCUCGGGGGCUGCUCGCGCCCAGACGUCAGGGGCGCUGGACGGGGGGUCACACGGUCACCGCUCACUGCGCGCGGGUGUCUCGAGGAAAAAUAAAGAGGGGGGAAGCAAA